CUGCCGUGAUGCUGGGACUCCUCCCCGCGCUCCCCUGCCUGCUCCUCCUUUCCCUGCCGGGCUUCAGCUCUGGCUCUGAUGAUGACGGGACUGAGGUGCUCACCACCAGUGGCCCCAUCUGGGGCAAGCGUCUCCCAGCCGGCUCCAGCACAGUGACGGCCUUCCUGGGCAUCCCCUACGCCGAGCCCCCCGUGGGGGCCUUGCGCUUCCAGAAACCGCUUCCCCACCAGCCCUGGAGCCACGUCCUGGAGACCACCAGCUUCGGCAACACCUGCCACCAGCCUCCACUUCCUAGUUACCCUGAUGCCUAUCUUCAGGCUUCCCCACUAUCCGAGAACUGCCUCUUCCUCAACGUUUGGGUGCCCCAUCCCCGGCCCCGUGAGCCGGCCGCCAUUCUCGUCUGGAUCCGUGGCAUGGCUUUUGUCUCUGGUUCAGCCUCUCUUGAUGUCUAUGAUGGGCGCUUCUUAGCCGCCACCGAGAAUGUGAUCGUGGCCUCCAUGAACUACCGGCUGGGGGCGCUGGGCUUCCUGUCUCUGCCCCCGGCUGCCCCGGGGAACGCCGGCCUGUGGGACCAGUGCCUGGCGCUGCACUGGCUGCGGGACAACGUGGCUGCUUUCGGUGGGGACCCAGCUCGUUUGAUGCUCUUCGGCCAGUGCACCGGCGGUUCCUCAGUCGGCUUCCACCUCCUCUCCCCAGGGAGCCGGCCCCUCUUCACCUGUGCCGCGCUGCAGAGCGGAGCCCCGACAGCACCGUGGGUUUGGAGUUCCCUCGAGGAGGCCCAGGAGAGAGGCCGGAGGCUGGGCCAGCUGCUGGGCUGCACCGAUAGCGAUGACACGGCCCUGGUGGGCAGCCUGCAGGGGAAGGAACCCGGGGAGUUCCCCAAACACGAGUUCUCCGUCUUGCGCCACAAGAAGCAACUGGGGCUGCCCUUUGUGCCGACACCAGAUGGGGAUUUUCUCCCUGAUACACCACCAAGACUCCUGCAGGCUAAGCAGAGCCAGCUGCCCGUCCUGACCGGCAUCAACGCCAACAAAGGCUCCUACAUAUUAUACUUUGCUGCCUCUAGCCUCAACCUGGAGAAUGCCAGCUCCAUCGGCUGGGAGCAGCUGCUGCAGGUGGUGAGGCUGAUAGUGCCAGAGGCACUGGAAGAGGCCGUCUUGGCCGUGGCACAGCAGUACAGCCAGGAGGGGCAGGGGCAGGGUGAAGCACGGUACCGAUGGGCCAUGGAUCAAAUCCUUGGUGACUACUUCAUUGUGUGUCCGGUAGCCGAGAUGGCUGGGCGAGAGGUAGAGACCGGCAGUCCUGUGUAUGCCUACGACUUCGCCCACCGCAGCAGCGGCUUGUCUAUGCCCGAAUGGACAGGGUUGCCGCACGGCUCUGAGCUGCCCUACCUGUUCGGGACCCUGGCGUCUGUGGAAGGAGCCAACUACACGCACAUGGAGGCUGAGGCGGGGCUGAGCCGCAGGGUGAUGCGGUACUGGGUGGAGUUCACCAGAAGCGGGAUCCCCACUGGGGAGGGGAGCAAGAGAGAGCAGUGGCCCCUCUACAACCCCAUAAAACAGAACUUCUUCUGCAUCGGACUAGAGUCAUCUGAGGUUGCGGAGAUGCCCCUCAAGCAACGCUGCAGCAUCUUGGCAUCACUGCUUGCAGAGAAGCUGAGCCCCACAGGGGAGAAGGCUUGA